AUUGAAGUUGAGCACACAAAUGAGGCUUCAUGUACAUUGUGUGUAUUAGCUUGACUAGACAUGCCUGCAGUUCAUAAAUAAAAGUGCUAAAUGAGAGGUAUCUAUUUUACCAUGCACAGUGUGGCUUUUUAUCUUAUUUUGCUUUGGUUUUAUUUUCUAUUUUGUCUUUUAUUUUCUGCUCUGGUUUCCUGUCUUCCUGACUCCGCCUCCAUCCUUAGUGAUUGCCUAACCUUCCUCACCUGUGUCCUGAUACUUCUUCCCAGUCUCUGCCACUUUACUUUGUCUCUCCUCUGAUAAGAGGAGCAGAACUCUCAAAGCUUUUAACUUGGUUCUAAGUUGUUGUUUUUUUUACCUUACACAGUUUGCAGGAACUGAUGUUAGGUUAAUGUUUCCCUGUCUCACCAUCGUUAUUGAAGUUCUGUUUCAGCGUUGGUUUUGAAGAGCUGCUCUUGAAGUCCACAAUAACAGGGAGACGGGGAACAAUCUCACUUACUCUGCAGGAGGAUCUGCCGGUCGCUGGGGCUGCACCGAUGACUCAGACAACACUCAUUGAGCGUGAAGAAGCUCGAGCAUGAGGACUGCUGUGGGCCGUCACCAAACACGUCCUCGUGUGAUGCCACUCCUCACAACAAACCAGGGGCCACCUUCUUCCUGUCUCUCCACUCAGCAUCAGCAUCAGCAGCUACAGGAGCAGGAGCAGCAGUCAGAGGGAGAGAGAGAGAGAGGAUGCUGCAGACACAACCUCAGCCGGCUGCUGCCGUGGAGGGAGGCUGAGUGACUGAGAGGAGAGCAGAGGAGACUCAGACGAACCACAGCAGCAUCAUCAUCCAAGCUCCGCAAAGUGGACGAAACAGCUUCGAAGCUUGACAUCUGGAGCCACAGUAGAGCGGCAGAGACUUCGUCGGAUUUUCAUCGCACUGCUGCCGCUGAGUCCUGCGCGUCGGCAGGCAGAGACUGAGCCACCCGGGGCGGCCACGACGCAGCUUUAAUGAAGAGGCAGAUCUGCUAACACACAUGCAGAAGGGACCCUCUUCUUUAAGUAUGGGGUCACCAUGGAAACCAUUUCUCCUCCUGUCUAUCAUCAGUGGCCUUUCAGAUUUUGCGAGAGCUGUCGCCUCCCGGCCUAUGUCGUACGCCGCCGUGUUACGACUGAAGGCAGACGGAGCUUCCUCUGUGCUGAGCUCACGUAGCAGACCACGACAACACUACAGUAGUGGGCUGGAGACUACGGAGUGGCCUGCUUUUUCCAGUCAGCCGCUGUCGGCCUUACGACUGAUCAGCUCUCAGGAGGACCACAGGAGUGAAGAAAGUGAAGAGUUUGGUCCUGUUUUUAUCCAAGAACCCGAUGAUGCUAUUUUCCCGCUGAACUCUACUGAGAAGAAGGUGAUGCUACAGUGUGAAGCCAGGUCAAACCCACCGCCUGUGUACAGAUGGCUGAUCAACGGGACAGAAGUGGACAUCGAGGCGGAUUAUCGCUACAGUCUCAUCGAUGGGAGCUUAAUAAUCACCAAUGUGAGCGAGGUCACUGACCAUGGGACGUACCAGUGCAGAGCAGCUAACAGUGUUGGUGUCAUCCUCAGUCGAGAAGCUCUCUUACAGUUCGCAUAUCUUGGUGCUUUCAGUGGCAAGAGCAGAGGCGGAGUGUCUGUGCGUGAAGGACAGGGAGUGGUCCUCAUGUGUAUCCCCCCUCCUCAUUCACCAGAGAUCAUCUACAGCUGGGUGUUCAACGAGUUCCCCUCCUUUGUUGCCGAGGACAGCCGGCGCUUCAUUUCCCAGGACACAGGAAACCUGUACAUCUCUAAGGUUCAGCCGUCCGACGUGGGCAGUUACAUUUGUUUGGUGAAGAACACAGUGACAAACGCACGAGUUCUCAGCCCACCGACACCCCUGACUCUGAAAACAGACGGUGUCAUGGGUGAAUAUGAGCCCAAAAUUGAAGUGCAUUUCCCUACGUCUGUUCUUGCUGCCAAAGGAGUGACUGUCAGACUGGAGUGCUUUGCUCUGGGGAAGUAAGUAAACAAUGGAAAAAAUAUAUUGUAUAGGUGGCUGUUUAUUAAAGUAGAAAGAAAAAAAUGUGUGAAUCAACAGAAAAAUUAAAAUCAAGUGUGACACUGUUCUGUUGCUGAGACAUUCUUUGGGUAAUUCCCCUGGUGGUUGGAGUAGAUUAUCCCAUUACCUGAGUGGGAAGCAGCCAUAUCUUGUCUUGAGGCAGGAUGUUAAGUGAGUGUAGAAAAGUGCUGCAUCGCAGCUCUGCUGUUAGAUGACAUGUUAGUGAAUGGGGGAGAGAAUAGAGGGGUCUUCUUCCCCCAGGGGGGGCUGUGUCUUCUCAUUACUGAGGACCUUAACGUAUCUCUUUUUCCUCUGUGCUUCAUAAAUGUUGAAAUCCAAGGUCAUCACUGCAGAGGGAAAAUGAAAUUGGUUACAGUCCAGUUGGAUCACAGCACCUGCACUGGUUACUAUUGCUACAGUAGUUUUAUUAAGAGUACCACUAUAUACCUAUAUAUGGCUAUAUGGCUAAAAGAAAUGCUAAUAAUAAUUUUAUUUUAUAUGUUUUAUUAUGUGAUUCUAUAAUUAUGUAUUUAAAAAAUUGUUGGAUUAUACCAAGUUCCCAUAGGAAUAUGACAGAGUUUUUGUGAAAAAACCUUUACCUUUUACAGCCCUAUUUGUGCCUUUGACAA